AUGGCUUUUCUAUGGUGGGUUUUGCUUUUGAGUGUGGCUUGGAAUGGAGAGGAGAGAAUGAUGGUUAUGGGGCUUAAUGGAAAAUGUGAAUUCCCUGCAAUUUUCAACUUUGGUGAUUCAAACUCUGAUACAGGAGCCAUCUCCGCGUCCUUUUUCGAGGUUCCCCCUCCUAACGGUGAGACCUUCUUCCGCAAGCCUUCGGGGAGGGUGUGCGACGGUCGUUUGAUGAUAGAUUUCAUUGCUGAGAACUUGGGAUUGCCAUACUUGACUGCAUACUUAGACUCUUUGGGGGAGGGUUUUCGGCAUGGUGCGAAUUUCGCAACAGGUGGGUCCACAAUUCGACCACAAAAUGUCACUUUGUUUGAAGGUGGGGUGAGCCCCUUCUCCUUGGACAUACAAAUAUUACAAUUCGACCAGUUCAAAUCUAGAUCAAACGCCCUUUAUGUCAAAGAGAAUGCACUAAAGGCUAACGUCCCAAAGCCUGAGGACUUCUGCAAGGCAUUGUAUACUUUUGACAUAGGCCAAAAUGACCUUGUUGCCGGAUUCCGAACUAUGUCAGACGAUGGGGUCCGAGCUUCAAUCCCCAAAAUCCUUGUCGGCCUGUCACAAGUCAUCCAACUUCUCUAUGGACAAGGGGCACGAAGUUUUUGGAUUCAUAACACUGGUCCAAUUGGGUGCCUACCACUUUCAGUUAUAUAUUAUCCUUUGAAGCCCCGGAAUAUUGAUAAAUAUGGUUGUGUAUACACACAAAACGAUGUGGCUCAAGAGUUCAACAGGCAACUCAAAGUAAUGGUUUCUCAACUUAGGAAACAACUCCCUCUUGCUGCGCUCACAUAUGUGGAUGUCUACUCUGCCAAAUUUAACCUCAUCACUCAUGCCAAGGAGCAAGGUUUUGGUGAUCCCAUGAAGUUUUGUUGUGGUCAUGCUGGGGACUACACUGUUGGAUGUGGAAGGAAGGCAGUUGUGAAUGGGACUGAGAUCUAUGGCAGCUCAUGUGGUAACCCAUCUAUGUAUGUGAGUUGGGAUGGGGUCCAUUAUUCUCAUGCUGCCAACCAAUGGAUAGCAAAUCAUAUACUCAAUGGCCAGCUAUCUGAACCCCCUCUUCCCCUUCCUCAAGCUUGUAAAAGGGUUGAUCCUUGA